AUGCACACUGCACGUAGUGCGAUGCUCGUGUUUGACUCCUUGAAUGUAGGCCAACUGCUCGACAUACUAGCGCGUCGAUCUGCUGCAGCUUCGACCCUCCUGCCUUCGGCCGGGCUAGCUUCGGCCUUGACCCUGCGAGCGUCAUCCAUCUAUCCAUCCAACCGCGCGACUGAUCUAGCAAGUGUCGACCUCGUGAUAGGCCUGUCUGACCUCGCAAGCCUCGAGCAUCCGAGCAUCGACCACUCGUCCCUUCUGCUCGACCCAUCCGGCUGCAACCCUUCGAGCCGCAUGCUUCGGUUGGGGAUGUCAACCGCAACUUGCCUGCGGGCCUAUAUAAAGGCCUUGAGCUGCACAAUCGCGGACGUAUUUUAUGAAGUACCGGAUAUUGUUGGUAAAGUGCUUGAUGAAUUCAAGGAUACGAUGCCCCCUGAGUUGCCUAAGGAGUUGCCUCCGCGUAGACCCUGUGACCAUCGGAUUGAACUGGAACCAGGUUCUCAGCCCCCUGCUCAACCUCCUUAUUGGAUGCCACUAGCCGAGCUGGCCGAAUUUAGGAAGCAGUUGGAUGAGCUGCUUGUCAGCCCAUUGACGGAUUUACUGAAGAAGGACAGGUGUUGGGAGUGGGACAAAGCUCAACAAGUUGCCUUUGAUUUGCUGAAUCAAGAUGUGACCCAAGAGCCGAUACUGAAGUUGGCAAAGUUCGACCAGCCAUUCGAGGUACAAGUCGAUGCUUCAGAUCGUGCUAUUGGUGGGGUGUUUGUCCAAGACAAACAUCCUAUCGCUUUUGAGAAUCGGAAAUUGAAGGAUGCUGAGACCCGAUACAGUACCCAUGAGAAGGAAAUGACGGCAGUAAUUCAUUGCUUGGAAAUGUGGCGUCACUAUCUGUUGGGAACAAGGUUCACGGUUGUUACGGACAAUGUAGCCAGUACUUAUUUUCGAACUCAGAAGAAGUUGUCCCCAAAACAGGCACGGUGGCAAGAAUUCUUGGGGGAGUUUGAUUUCGAUUGGGUCCAUCGGCCGGGGAAACAUAAUGAUGUUGCUGAUGCUCUAAGUCGAAAGGUUGUGGCGUCCUAUGUGUUGGCCUUGUAUGCUGUUGAGUCCGACUUUGUUAAGAAAGUCCGUGGUGAAUCCCUUAAAGAUCCUGUCUAUGUAAAACUCGCCGAGCAAGUGGCAGCCGGUGAAGUGCGCAAGUACUGGCUAGAGGACAGAUUACUCUAUGCCAAAGGUCGAAGGAUGUAUAUUCCAUCGGGAGGAAUGAGGCGCGAGCUACUGAAAGAUUAUCACGAUUCUCAGUGGGCUGGUCAUCCCGGUGUUGAGCGUAUCCAGGAUAAUUGGGUGGAAUUUUUGGAUAUGGCCCAGUUUUGUUAUAAUUUGCACAAGCCCUCGGCGACCGGUAUGAGUCCUUUUGAGCUGGUUUAUGGACAGCAACCCCAGCUACCGCAUGAUGUAGCGGUACAGCGGACUGGUGGAAAAUGCCCCGCGGCAUAUCGAUAUGCUCGGGCGCAGCACGAACUCUUGGUGGAGGCCCGAGAUAGCCUUGCUAAGGCGCAGCGAAGAAUGAAGAAAUAUGCGGACCGCGGGCGACGGGACGUGCAAUUCGCUAUCGGGGAUCUCGUGUUGUUAAAAGUGAGCCCAAAGGUAUGGAAAAGGAUCUCGGCAAAGGCAGUCCAUCGUGGACUAAUUCCAAAGUACGAGGGUCCCUUUGAAAUCGUGAGCAAAGUUGGGAAUGUGGCCUAUCCGCUUAAGCUGCCUGACCGAUUGAAGGUACAUCCCACAUUUCAUGUAUCUUACUUGAAGAAGUACCAUCCUGAUUUGAUUGAGGCAAGCCGAAAUGUCUCUACUCGAGCUCCUCCUACGAAUAUGGGCAGUUUUAAAACUGCUCGACGGUUACCUGUCCUAGCGGUUGGGGAUGUCAACCGCAACUUGCCUGCGGACCUAUAUAAAGGCAUUGAGCUGCACAAUCGCGGGUAA